AAAAUGCUGGAGCAGCAGCUCUGUAUAGUACACGCACCAUGGCAUCAACACGAGGAGCUAUCAGAGUCCUUACAGCAGUCUUUCUACUGGCCAGAGGAUGCUUCUCACAGCUGGAUGUGUGUGGGCAGGCCCCUCUCAACACACGCAACACGCGUAUCGUGGGCGGACAGAACGCACCAGCGGGGGCGUGGCCAUGGCAGGCCAGUCUGACACGUAAUGGAAGGCACUUCUGCGGAGGGUCCCUCAUCAACAAUGACUGGGUUCUGACCGCCGCCCACUGCUUUCCCAGCACCAGCACCUCUGGCCUGGUCAUCUUCCUCGGACGGCAGACUCAGGAGGGCAGCAACGCCAACGAGGUCUCCAGGACCGUCACUCAGGUCAUCAAUCAUCCCAAAUACAACGACUCAACCAGCGAUAACGACAUCGCCCUCCUCCAACUGUCCUCCUCCGUCAGCUUCACCAACUACAUCCGCCCCGUCUGCCUGGCAGCGGCCAGCAGCACUUUCAACAGGGGCACGGACAGCUGGGUAACCGGCUGGGGCACGAUUGCAUCAGGAGUGCCCCUCCCCUCACCCCAGACGCUACAGGAAGUGGAGGUGCCCGUCGUGGGAAACAGGAAGUGCUUCUGCAAGUACAGCGUGCGGAACAUGGGCAUCACAGACAACAUGAUCUGUGCCGGGAGGGACGAGGGAGGCAAGGACUCCUGUCAGGGAGACUCUGGUGGUCCGAUGGUGAGUAAGCAGAAUAACAGGUGGGUCCAGUCCGGCGUCGUGAGCUUCGGUAUCGGCUGUGCUCUGGCAGAAUUCCCGGGGGUGUACGCACGCGUCUCCCAGUUUGAGAGCUGGAUCAAGACUCAGAUCACCAGUAACCAGCCGGGCUUCGUCACGUUCACCUCCAGUGGGACUGACUCGGACCUUACUACCACCUGUGCUGGUCUGCCUGCCAUCACCACCACCACCAUUGCAACCACCACAGUGGCCCCGGUGGUAUGUGGACGGGCGGCUCUGAACUCGCGUCUGAUUGGUGGAUUGGACGUGGUGGCGGGGGUGUGGCCCUGGAUGGCCAGUCUGCACAGUACGGAACGCGGUGCCCACGUGUGCGGAGGAACUCUGGUCAGUGAGGACCUCGUCCUCACAUCAGCCAACUGCUUCUCUAGUUCUCCUUCAGCAUCCAAUUGGACGGUGUUUCUGGGCCGCCAGAGACAGAACGGCUCCAACCCCAAUGAGGUGUCAGUGGGCGUGGCCAACAUCACUCUGAGCACCCUAUCAGGCGAUAACGUAGCCAUGCUGCAGUUAACCAGGAAGCCCACCCUCUCCAACUUCAUCCAGCCAAUCUGUGUGGAGCAGGACGGGGCCACUAUCGCCACGGGAACCACCUGCUGGGUUGCAGGCUGGGGCAACACCACAGGUGAGCAGCCUCUUAAGGAAGUGCAGACAUCAGUGGUUGCCUGUGGCAAUGCAUCCUCCUCUGCUGAUGACAUCUGCACCAACACUGUUCAGAUAGAACAGGGUGAUAUGGGAGGUCCUCUCAUGUGUAAACAGGGGAGUUCAUGGUUCCAGCUCUCAGUGUUCACUAUCACCUCCUCUUCAUCCAACUCCACCUCUUCAUCCAACUCCACCUCUUCAUCCAACUCCACCUCUUCAUCCAACUCCACCUCUUCAUCCAACUCCACCUCAUCCAACUCCACCUCAUCCAACUCCACCUCCAGAGACCUCGGCCAAUCAGAUCGCGCCUCAGCGCAGGUCUUUAGCCGGACAUCUCGUUUCAGAAGCUUCCUGUCGAGUUUCUCUUUCCCCUCCGCCACCACCACGAGCAACAGCACCAACACCACCACAGCUGCUACAGUAGCCACCACCACCACAGCGUCCAGUGGGGGGCGCCACUCCUGCAUGGCCUUCUCCCUCCUCUCCCUCCUCCUCCUCGCACUCACCCCUCUGCUGGCCUCCCAGCGCUAGCCCUCAGGUCAAAGGUCACGACUACCCACAAUCCACUGCUGCACCUAGCCCUACUACCCACAAUCCACUGCUGCACCUAGCCCUACACACCACUUGGUUUAAAACAACAACAACACCAAUAACAA